GAGCUCAGUCAGCUGGAGACUCCGGGAAGUCUCGCAUUUCCGCGACAAAUUGCAGACGGCGUUUGUCAACAUGUGAACACCGUUCAUGCUGAGGAUACGUUCCCAUUUAUUUCACUCAACGUUUCAUGCAGACACCUGUCGGGACGUUUUAAUCGCCUUGAUUGGUGGUCAUCAUGGAUCGUGAGCGGCUAAAGAGGCGCCUGGAUUAAACCCACUCAACUCCAGUGAGAGGAGGAAAUGAUGAAGACUGGGGAGCAUGUAAGGAAUGAAGAAAAAUGAUGAACUGCAUGAUGAAUGGACACAUAAGGACACACAACCUCCUGUAGGUGAAGCUCUGAAAGAAGAAUUUCCCAGCUCCAUUUUCUACGUGCCUACUCUGCUUGUAUGUCAGUAUGUCACUAUCAGACUGCAUAAAUGGAAGCAACACCCAAACAGACCACCAUUACAGCCUCCACAGCUUGCCCAUGGCUGAAAACUAUGGGAAAAGGACAUUUUUUGACUUCAAUCACACAAAUGUGCCCGAAACUCUGGAUGUCAAGUGGGUGCCCCUCUUGUCAUUGUCUAACCUGAGGAGCAUCUCAAAAGUCAAAGUGGUUAGCUUCCUGAUUGGCUUGACACUGACGUUCCUGAUCAUGGCUUCCUACAUCCUGACAUGGGACAAGAAACGACUUUUGCUCACCCCCUCACCCUUUCAGCUCAGAUCUGUGGGUGUCCCAAACAGCACAGCAACAGCUGACGAUUCUUCUGAAAAGAUUUUAAUAGACAUGAAACUGCUGGUGAAAAUCAUCAGCUCCAAACUGGAAUACAAACCUAGGAACGUGCCUGAUGAAAAGGAUGUCAUUGAAACGGACUCCCAUUUGUUUUCUGUAAUUCCUCGCCAUUUCCUGCCCAGCAUCAAGAGCCCUUGCUGGUAUGAGGAGUUCUCCAGUAAACUUGGCAAUGACCUGUACAGGAGGAACCUCUUUACUCUGCGCUCAAAGAGCUUCAGGGGAGUGUGUGACCGCCUGAGGACCAACUUCCAACAGCACUUAUACCACAGAAACGGCAAAGUGUUUCGUCUUCGCUGCUUGCCGUUCUUCUACAUCAUCGGCCAACCAAAGUGUGGCACAACGGACUUGUUCCACAGGCUGCUGCUGCAUCCGGAAGUCAAGUUCAACACGAUGAAGGAGCCACAUUGGUGGACGAGGAAACGCUUUGGUUAUAUCCGUUUCAAAGACGGCUUCCAGGAAAAAUUUCCUGUGGAAGAUUACUUGGAUCUGUUUGACUUGGCAGCCUACAACAUCCAAGAAGAAAUCAGUGGAAAUUCAUCUGGAGACCACCACACACUCCAGCUCAUAACAGGUGAAGCCAGUGCGUCCACUAUGUGGGACAACCAAGCCUGGAGCUAUCUUCACGGAGACAGGGAGGAGACAGAGCCCCCGUUCCUGGCCCAGGACUUCAUCCACACAGUCCAGCCUGGUGCCAAAAUAAUCAUCAUGCUUAGAGAUCCUGUAGAGAGGCUUUAUUCUGACUACCUGUACUUUAAGAUGGCCAACAAGUCAGCAGAGGACUUCCAUCAGAAGGUCAUAGAGUCUGUAAAGUUGUUUCAGUCCUGCCUGUCUGAGAGGUCACUUAGGUCCUGCAUCUACAACACCAGUCUCUCCAACACCAUGCCGGUGAGACUAAAUUUGGGGAUGUACAUCAUCUUCUUACUGGACUGGCUGACAGUUUUCCACAGGGAGCAGAUUCUAGUUCUCCGACUAGAGGACUAUGCAGCCAAUCUUAAAGUGACAAUCAAGAAAGUUUUUGAUUUUCUGAGUGUAGGUCCCCUGUCGAAGCAGGUAGAGGCAGCACUGACCAAACGGCCCAUGUCUAACACUCGGCGGGCGGCAGACAGGAACCUGGGUCCUAUGCUUCCCGCCACCAGAGACCUCCUCAGGGAAUUUCACCAGCCCUUCAACCAUAAACUGGCCAGUGUGUUGGACAACAAAGCCUUCCUCUGGAGUAACACCUGAAGGGUCAUGAGCAUGGGCAAAAUGUGGACAGAUGUGAAUGACCAACCAGAGCUGAAAGCUACAUCAGGAAUGCCUAUUGAUAGAAAUGAAUUACAAAAGGGAGAACUCAUACGCCGGUGUAUAGUUGUAAAUGGAAUUAUAUGAAGCUCUGAAUAAGUGUGA